AUGUUCGGGAAAAUACUUCAAGCUCUUUUAUUUACUGGACUACUUAAUAAUACUUUCGAGAGGAAUGUUCAAACCAGAACGAUAAUUGAUCUUAAAAAGAUUCUAAACACCAUCAACGACAAUGGCGACAAUCUUAACGAUGUAACAAAUCUUCGGACUAAAAAUAGACAACAGUUACUCAGAAAUUCCGAGAAUGACGACAACAAUGCUGACAGAAUUGACGUAGAUAUCCUGAAUUCCUUCAUUAAAGGUAUAGUAAAUAAUAAUAAUAAGUUUAACGACCAAGAUUUUGAUAGAUUUCUCCGAAAUGCCAAGGACGACUUGUGCGCGAAAACUGGAAGAUGUGGGUGUAGUGGACCAGGCAGGUGUGAUGACAAGAAAGUAAGUCACCAAAAAACAGUAGAUGAAGUAGAACAUUUUAUUAAUAAUCUACAAGAAAAAUUAGACAAAGACAAUCAAGAAACAAGCAGAGAAGAUGAAACCGAAAAAUAUGAUGCACUAAAUAAUAAAAAAAUAUUACACGACAUUAAUAAUGAUGAAUAUUACAACAUUAAAAUGGGCGACAAAAAGCAUUCGGAUACUCGCGUCAACUUGUUAAUAGUAAACGAUCUUGCUGAUCUAGAGGAUUUACUGAGACAAAAUAUAUUACCUCAAGCAAUCGAUGCAGAAACACUAAAAAAAUUAAACUUCGAUAAUUUCCCCCAUCACGGCGCUCGCCAUAAGUCCCGAAGUGAUGUAAAAGCUAUUAUUGUGGACUUAGGUAAGUUUUAUGACGAUUCAGAAAUGGGAGAUAAUGAGGACGUCUCAAUUGCCCCUCGAUCGGUAUCACACGAUCAGGAAUCCUCUGAUCCUAAUGAAUUUAUCGAUAAUUUUAAUCAUUUAAAAGAAAAGGUGAUUAAUUCAUAUAUAAACUUUGUAACGAAUAAAAAUGCUAAGAAGCCCAAUUUAUCAGUACUUAGCAAUACACAGAAACGUAAAAUCAGUGUACUUAAAGGUAAAAUGAGAACUAACAAACAGAAAUUGUCCAAACAAGAUAUAAAAUCCGAAAUAAACGACAUCAUGUUCGGUAAAAACAGCAAAAUCAAAAUUAUACCUUCAGAUGAUAAUUCCAACAAUAUUGUUGUACCUAAUUGGAUUUACAGAUUAAUUAUUAAUUCCAAGCCGGUAACAUACCUAAGGAAGCCAAAAAGAGUCCUUCCAUUAACUGAUAAACAGAAAAAUCGAUUAUUGAAUAAAAAUAAAAGUUUGAAACAAAAACCUGAAAUAACUAGAAUAUGGCGUAGAAAUUUUGGACAAAAUUUACAACAAUAUGGGGUACCGUUUGAGCUUGCUGUUGAGGGUCUAGCUCAAUAUAAUGAUGAUAAUGAGUAAAUAUUAGCAUCUUUAUAUUUAGCUCUUAAUA